AUGCAAGGUAAUGAAGUACCAGUCGAAUGGCGUGGAACUUUAUCAAACGUAAUAUAUCGUUAUGGUGGAGAACUUCGUGAAGCAUCUACGAUUGAAGUAAAAAUAUACAAUCGACUUGAAAGAAAAGACACAUAUAAUGUGAUUGGAAUAAUGAAAGGUGAAAUUGAACCAGAUCGAUAUAUUGCUCUUGGAAAUCAUCGUGAUUCUUGGGCAUUGGGUAGUGUAGAUCCAACAAGUGGAACAGCUACUCUUCUUGAAAUAACAAGAGUACUUGGUCAAAUGUAUAAAAAUGGAUUUCGACCACGACGAAGUUUAAUGUUUUGUUCAUGGGGUGCUGAAGAAUAUGGACUGGUUGGAUCAGUAGAAUAUGUUCAGGAAUAUGUUAAAGUACUUGGUGCUCGAAUGGUGUCUUACUUGAAUGUAGAUGUUGCAGUUGAAGGCAACCAUACAGUUAGUAUUAAUACUUCACCAAUGUUGUAUGAUGUUAUUGUCAAAGCAGCUAAAAUGGUUCCAAGUGCUUAUGAUCCUGUUGGACAAACUGUCUAUGAUAAAUGGAUGAAGGUUAAUCGAAAUAAUAGAACUAAUGAACCAAAUAUGAUAUAUGGUCUUGGGUCAGCCAGUGACUACUAUGCCUUUGAUCAGUUAGUUGGUUCAUCAAAUGUGGAUAUAACAUAUAGUUACAAUGUUGUUGAUCAUGGAAAUAUAAGUUCAUAUCCACUUUAUCAUACAUCCUAUGAAGUGUUUUCUAUGAUGAAAAAACAUGUUGUCUAUGCACCAGCGAAAAUUAAUGUAUAUGCAGCAGAUGGUUUUCCUUCUCUUAGUGAUGCUAUUAUCAGCGAUGACUCAAGAGAAAUCGCUAAUCAAAUAGCGAUAGCAACAGAUCUCACUUCACGUCCUCAUCUAGCUGGUCUACCUGAAGAUUUAGAAAGUGCUCAAGUCAUCGAACAACGAUGGAUAACUGAUGGUUUAAAAGUAACGAAACCAAAAUAUAAUGUUCUUCUUUCUUAUCCUGAUGAUAAUAAUCCUAAUCGAGUUACUCUCACCAAUAGUGAUGGCACGCUCAUUUUUCAAACAGCUGGAGUUGAACAUGUCUAUGAUACAACACAACCAAAAACAGUUAAUCCAUUUAUUGCUUAUACACCUAAUGGAACUGUCUCUAGUAGUAAACUGUACUAUGCUAACUAUGGUGAACUUGAAGAUCUUCAAAAACUAGCAUCUAUAGUUGGAAAUGCCAGUCUUCAAAGUAGUAUUAUCAUCAUGAGAUAUGGUCGCAUUUAUCGAGGAGAUAAGGUGAUGCAUGCUCAAUAUUUUGGAGCUAUAGGUGCAAUAUUAUAUAAUGAUCCAGCUGAUUAUGCUCCAUUUGGAACAACAUCUGAUCAAGUUUAUGAUCAAAAGUGGUACAUGCCUCCAAGUGGUACACAACGAGGAUCAUCCUAUACUUCGUUUGGUGAUCCUUUGACACCUAUAUAUCCAUCAACAGAUUAUAUGUACAGAGUGAGAGAAGAUAGUGUCACCUUUCUACCUAAAAUUCCUGCUCAACCAAUUGGGUAUGGUGAAGCUCAGAUUAUUCUUCAAUAUAUGCAAGGUAAUGAAGUACCAGUCGAAUGGCGUGGAACUUUAUCAAACGUAAUAUAUCGUUAUGGUGGAGAACUUCGUGAAGCAUCUACGAUUGAAGUAAAAAUAUACAAUCGACUUGAAAGAAAAGACACAUAUAAUGUGAUUGGAAUAAUGAAAGGUGAAAUUGAACCAGAUCGAUAUAUUGCUCUUGGAAAUCAUCGGUAAGAUUUGAA